AUGAAACUGUCUAGUUCUCUGUGUCCUCUUGACCAAAUAUCUGUGAUAUGUCUGAAAUGCUGCCCAUAUUUGAGAUAUUUAACCGAAAUUAUCCAAGCUGCCUGGUCCUCUGGUUCUGUUCCAUCAGAAUGGAAAAAAGCGUGUACGAUAUUGAUCCACAAAAAAGAAGAUACUGACAAUCCCACUAAUUUCAGACCAAUAACUCUACAAUCUGUCCCACUCAAAGUAUUUACAUCAUGUCUUCAUAAUAAAAUAUUCACUUUCCUAGCUGAAAACAAUUACAUAGAACAUAACAUCCAGAAAGGUUUUACUCCUAACAUUGCAGGAACUAUUGAACACACUGCUCAUAUGGCGCAUAUAAUCAACACAGCCCGUAUAAAACAAAGAUCUGUUGUAAUUACUUUGCUUGAUCUUAAGAAUGCUUUCGGUGAACUCCAUCAUAAUCUCAUUCACAAAGUCCUUCAGUAUCAUCACAUCCCAGGUCAAAUAAACAACCUAAUACAAAGUCUUUAUACAAACUUCCAAACAUCCAUUAUAACAGAACAGUUCAGUACUCCUUUUAUCACAAUCGGACGUGGCGUUUUACAAAGUGACUGUCUCAGUCCUCUCUUAUUCAAUAUGUCCUUUAACACAUUUGUUCAGCACAUAAAAUCUGAGAAAUACACCCAGCUUGGCUUUUGGAAAUUGAAUAAAACUGGUAUUCCGUGCAACCCUAUCCAUUGGUUUCAAUUCGCAGACGACGCGGCUGUCAUCAGCAGCCAAGAAAAUGAAAAUCAAAUUCUGCUCAUUCGUUUCACAGUAUGGUGUCAAUGGGCCAAUAUGAUAUGUGUUGACAAGCACUCUUCAUUUGGAAUUAAAAAACACUUAUCUAAGUCUAUCCAGUACCAACCUAAGUUGUUUGUUAAUAACCAACUUAUACCCUGUAUCGAACUUGGAGAAUCUUUUCGCUAUCUUGGUUGUUGUUUCGAUUUCAACAUGUCCGAUGAAAGACACAAAUCCGAAUUGUGUGAUCUGUUUACUGAUAUUAUAUCAAAAAUUGAUAAAUUACCUUUACACCCCCCAAACAAAAUUCUUCUAUAUAGUCGCUACUUACUCUCAAAAAUCUCAUGGAACUUAACAAUAACCGAUUAA